AUGGAAUGUAGCAUCUGCUUUGAGCCGUACGGUUUGUUAACCAAAGUUCCAUGUAUAACUACCUGUUCCCAUACCUAUUGCAAUGACUGCUGUACUAAAAUGUUUAAAGCCGAAUCCAAAGUCAGAUGUAUUUGCCCUCUUUGCAGAUCGGAUGUCAAAUCCUUCCGUUUCGACCCAAUGCUUUUAGAAAAGGUGUAUAAAGAGAUAAAGGAAUCUGAAAUGAGAAAAGUAAUAAUGGGAACAUGUCUUCAAUGCGAAAAAGGACUCGAAGUGUAA